AGCCUUAACAUCUUUGAUUUUCUUGCUGGAUUUGUAAUGUUGACGAAAUUUGAGUGAGAGUGGAACACGUGUGUUUGUGUAUUGUGUUGUAUUUAUCUGCCAGGAGUGAAAUAAGUUGUAAAUAUGUCUCAGUCAGAAAUUGUCACAAGUACUUCAGUGAAUGGAUCUCUUACUGAAGAUGCUAAAGAAAAUCAACCACCGAAGACAGCGAAACAGCUGGAAAAGGAAGCAAAGAAACUUGCUAAAUUAGAAAAAUUUAAACAGAAGAAAGAUAAACAGAAGGACGUAACAAGCCAACCUAAAGAAAAGUCGGAAAAAAAAGAAAAGAAGAAGGAGAUUAAAGAAUCAGCAGUCUACACAGCAGCUACACGCGAUGGUGAUAAGAAAGACACCCUGUGUCCAAUGCCUGAUGCUUAUAGUCCACGUUUUGUUGAAGCAGCGUGGUACAGUUGGUGGGAAAAGGAAGGCUUCUUCAAACCAGAAUAUGGGCAAGAAGAUAUAUUAGCAACAAAUCCAAAAGGAAAGUUUGUGAUGAUAAUUCCACCUCCAAAUGUUACUGGAUCUCUUCAUUUAGGACAUGCGCUGACAAAUUCUAUUGAAGAUGCCAUUACAAGAUGGAACCGGAUGAAAGGUCGCACAACAUUAUGGGUUCCUGGGUGUGAUCAUGCUGGAAUUGCCACACAGGUUGUUGUGGAGAAGAAGUUAUGGAAGGAAGAAAAGAAGACUCGCCAUGAUAUUGGGAGAGAAAAAUUUAUUGAGAAAGUGUGGCAGUGGCGCAAGGAAAAAGGAGAUACUAUCUAUGAACAGCUUCGUAGGCUUGGGUCAUCACUGGAUUGGGACCGAGCCUGUUUCACUAUGGAUCCAAAAUUGUGUAGAGCAGUUACAGAGGCAUUUGUACGCCUUCAUGAUGAAGGUGUUAUAUAUCGAAGCAAUCGUUUAGUGAAUUGGUCCUGUACUUUAAAGUCUGCGAUAUCAGAUAUUGAGGUGGAUAAAGUAGAACUUUCUGGGCGUACUUUGUUAUCUGUGCCUGGCUAUGAAGAAAAGGUUGAAUUUGGCGUCCUGGUAUACUUUGCAUACAAAGUAGAAGGAACCGGCGAAGAAGUUGUUGUUGCAACCACACGUAUUGAGACAAUGCUUGGAGAUUCAGCUGUUGCUGUGCAUCCAGAAGAUGAACGUUAUAAACAUUUACAUGGAAAAUUUGUUGCACAUCCAUUUUGCAAUAGGAAACUUCCAAUUGUGUGUGAUGAUUUUGUGGACAGAGAGUAUGGAACAGGUGCUGUAAAGAUUACACCUGCCCAUGAUCAUAAUGAUUACGAAGUUGGAAAACGCCAUAAGUUGCAAUUUAUUACAAUCUUUAGUGAAGAUGGGCGUAUUAUUGGAGACUGUGGAGAAUUUACAGGAAUGAAAAGAUUUGAUGCACGCAAAGCAGUUGUUGAGGCUUUAAAAUCGAAAGGAUUAUAUCGUGAAACAAAAGGUAAUCCAAUGGUUGUUCCCAUUUGUAGCAGAUCCAAAGAUGUGGUUGAACCUCUUAUCAAACCACAGUGGUAUGUACGCUGUAAUGAAAUGGCAGCAGCAGCUAUGGAUGCUGUGCAUUCAGGUGAACUAAAAAUUAUUCCUGAGCAUCACACAAAAACGUGGUUCCACUGGAUGGAAAACAUCAGGGACUGGUGUGUUUCGCGGCAACUCUGGUGGGGUCAUAGAAUACCAGCAUACCAUGUAAUUCUGAAAGAUCCGUCUCUACAAAAGGGAAUGGAUGACGAUAAAAAUUGGGUAAGUGGGCGAACUGAGGACGAAGCACGUCAGAAAGCAGCAAAGAGGUUCAGUGUGGCACUGACAGACAUUACACUGAAACAAGAUGAAGAUGUCCUGGAUACCUGGUUUUCAUCAGGGCUGUUUCCUUUCUCUGUUUUUGGAUGGCCAGAUGAGACAAAAGAACUGAAGGCUUUUUAUCCAGGAACACUGUUGGAGACAGGACAUGACAUAUUGUUUUUUUGGGUUGCAAGGAUGGUAUUCUUUGGGCAAAAACUUCUAAAGAAACUUCCAUUUAAGGAAAUAUUCCUUCAUCCAAUGGUACGAGACGCACAUGGUAGGAAGAUGAGCAAGUCUUUGGGAAAUGUUAUCGAUCCUAUGGAUGUCAUUCAUGGAAUAUCUUUAGAGGAUCUCCACAAACAAUUAACAAAUAGCAAUUUGGAUCCUAGAGAGAUAGAAAGAGCAAAGCAAGGUCAGAAACAGGACUAUCCCAAUGGCAUUCCAGAAUGUGGAGCAGAUGCUUUGAGGUUUGCUUUGUGUGCAUAUGUAAGCCAAGGGCGAGAUAUAAAUUUGGACAUUUUGAGGGUGCAAGGAUAUAGAUUCUUUUGCAAUAAGCUUUGGAAUGCCACAAAAUUUGCACUUAGUUAUUUAGGGACAGAUUUUACACCAAACUCUAAACUAAGAAAUAAAAGUGCAAGUAACAAAGGCAAGAAAGAACUGAAUAAUGUGAAUCACCUGUUGAGGAUUAUCUCGUCAUGUGAAAACGACAGAAAUUUUCACCUAACAAUGAGUGACUGUGAAAUAGUUGACUCCUAUCUUACUGAUUAUAGUUACCUCCAAGGCUACACACCUUCCAAAUCAGAUUUGAUUGUUUGUGGUGCACUGAAUGACAAUGGUGAAUUAGAAAGAUUUCCAAAUAUGCUCAGGUGGUAUAAGCACAUUAGUAGCUUCAGCUCUGAAGGGAACAAAUUGCCUGCUACAGUGUAUGGUGUUUGCAGUGAUGGUCCUCAAGACUCUGAAAGUGAGAGUUGUGAAAGUGAAUCGCCGAUGGAUCUUUGGAUGCGUAGUCGGCUAGCUGCUGCUGUCAGAAGUUGUAAUGAAGGCUUUGAAAAGUAUGACUUCCCACAGGCAACUACUGCAUGCUAUAAUGUGUGGCUUUAUGACCUUUGUGAUGUCUAUCUAGAAUAUUUAAAGCCUGUCUUCCAGAGCAAUGACAAAGAAGCAAUGAAGUCAGCAAAAAAUACGUUGUAUCUUUGCUUACAUGUGGGACUUCGUUUGCUGUCUCCAUUCAUGCCUUUCAUAACUGAAGAAUUAUUCCAGAGGAUUCCACAUUCUGGCUGUGAAGCAAAAAGUAUUUGUGUUAGUCAAUAUCCAGAUGAGAAAGAGUGUCCUUGGAGAAAUCUUGAGGUGGAGUCCGAGGUUGAGUUUAUACAGAAAAUUAUACACAUAGUGAGGUCAACACGAUCCGACUAUACUCUGCCCAACAAGGUUAAAACAGAAGUUUAUAUAGUAUGCUCAUCAUCAGAUGUGGCUAAUCUUAUUGUGAAGUACUCUUCUGCCAUAUCAACUCUGGCUUACUGCAACAAGGUGGAAGUUUGUGACAAUCCUCCACUUGGCUGUGCAAUUCUAACUGUAUCUGGACAAUGCGAGGUUCACUUAAUGUUAAAGGGACUAGUUGAUCCCAGCAGAGAAAUUGAGAAAUUACAGAAAAAAGAGGAGUCACUGAACCAACAGGUUACUAAACUGCAUCAAGCCAUGUCAGCUGAAGAUUAUGAGAUAAAAGUUCCCGAAGAAGUUCGUAAAGCAAAUGAAGAGAAGCUCUCACACAGUGAGGCAGAACUGCAAAAGAUAAACCAUGCUCUGAAAUUACUAAGGACAAUGUGAGAUUGUACCCAUUGCUGCAACCAUUGUGUAGGGCUAUGUACUGUUAGAUGACGUAUCAGAAAGAGGCCAGAGUAUGAAAAGAUGGAUAGAGGCAAGAUUCAUAUAAGCUGAGUAAUAUGGAUAUCUGUAAACACUCAUUGUAAUUCUAGUGUUGACAAAAGUAUAAAAAAGGUAUGCCAUUUUCUUGGAAGUAACACAAACAAACUACAGAAAUAUCUCUAAAAUAAUUAAAGAGGGUAGAGAAAUGACCCCGUAGAAUGAUGAUAUCAGUGAAUAUUGUGUCCACAAGCUCUUUGUUGCACACUCAAUUUAGUUUUCAAAACCUUUUUGCUGUGUGCUAUUCAAAAUAAUGAAAGAUAUGUGGGAGAUAAGAAUGAUGUGUGGAAAAUGUAGACAUUCUGUUUCAUCUGUGUAAUUAUUUUCCAAUAGGAAAGGGCAAAAUGUUUCCAUACGAUCACUUACAUUCUGAUGUUAUGGGAGUUUUACGUUCCAAUUUGAAGAACAUUGAAACUUUGAAGAAGAGGCACACACCAAACAAAAUUAAGGAAUGGUUCCAAUACCCACGUAAAUUUUGAAAAACAAAAGUUAGGAAAUGCUGGUGUGAAAGGGGGGGGGGUGAUUGAUGUAUAUCACCAUCUUGUCAGAAUGAUUUUGUGUAGAGAGUACUAUCACAGACAUGCAUGAUUGUUCUGUAGCAUCAUUGAGUGACUGAGUGUUCAAUAGGUGACCUUUGCUCACAGGAACCUCAAGGCAUUUGGACUGUUAGAGAUUAAUCUCUGCGAUAAUAACUGAAACAGAUUAUAAUGCACAGCAUGUUGGUCAUGGACAGAUCUUUACAACGAGUAAACUGUUGGCGAGACAAAGAAACAGAUCAGUCACAUGAUGAUUUUUUUUAGUUUUUAUUAAAAACAUGUAACUUAUGUGCUCUUUUUAAUUUUGUUUCCACAAAAUGGUGGUUACAUAAUGUUUAAUUUCAAAAUAAUUCCUCUUUAACUUUGCCAAGAACUCUCAAGAAAUGGUGUGAACUUAAUCUUUUGAUCAGUUUUUAUUUGAGUCAUGUUAUGUCCCUGUACACAAAGAAUUGUUCAAGAGUGGCAUCCUUUAUAAAGAUUUUUUUUUCCCCCACUAUUUACUCUAUUGGUUUUUCCUGUAAUGAGAACAGACAUUUCAAGGUGUGAAAAUGAAAAGCUAUAAAACUAAUGUAUCACUCUAAUAAAUCAUUUUGUGUGUAAUGACUCUCAGUGCUGUUCCAUCUUUUUAAAUCACUUCUAGAGAAGCACUCUUCUCCUAUUAAUUUUGGGCAUGUGAUAGGGAAGGGGUGGGCAUUCCAGUCUGGCUUUCACUGCUUUUUGUGUGUAUGUUUUGGAAGGAAGGAAGGGAGGGAGGGAGAAAAUAUGUAUGUACUGGAACAGGAGAAAGAGUGAUAGUUCAAAAGCUAGUGUAUGUAAGUGCACAUACACAUAUCUUUAUAUUCUUUUCGAGGCAGCAUGUGAACAGUAUAAGGUGAAGAUAAAAAAAUUCAUAGAAUUUUGUAGAAGAUUGAUAUCCAGUAAUUUUGUCAUAAUUUACGUAAUGUAGACCACAUGUGAACUUUUAUCGUGAGAUUUAAAACUAUCCAAAGCACUAAUGAUUGCAGAAAUGGUUACAGUGUUGAUGACACUAGUUUAGUAAGUUAUGUUACGGAAAUGAACAGUAUUUUCUUAAUGUUAUUUGUUUAUAAUUAUUUAUCAAUAAACUUGUAAAGUAA